AUGGUUCCGGGCCAAGACGCGGUGCCGUGCCGCGUCCGCCCCAGCCCGGGCCGGGCCCGCGGGGAGCAGCGAAUCCGGCGGCCGCGGCCUAGAGCGGCUCGGGCGGGGAGGACCCGGCAGGGAGCGCCCAGCGCCGCCAGGGGGCGUGCGGGGUCCGCCGAGCCGCCAGGGGGCGUGCGGGGUCCGCCGAGCCGCCAGGGGGCGGGAGGGGGUCCAGAGCGGGAGGCGGGGCCGGGGCAGGGGCCGGGGGGCGGGAGGGGGACGCGAGAGAGGCUGCGAGGGCUGAGGGGAGGGGCGGGAGGGUCUCGGAGCGGGGUCGGGGGGGGAGCGUUUGGGGGCGCCUGGGCCCUGGCGCUGCUGACAUCGGGGGCGCCAGCCCUCCAGGAGGGUUCGGGACACACGCGAAGGGACAACGUGGAGGCCACCUGGAGCUGCUACGGUGUGGGCAUCAGCCGCGGGUCUGGAGGGGUGGUGAGAAACGCUGGCUCCUUGGCAGUGCCACGUGUGUUGCUCCCAGUCUGCUCCGGCCCCGAGUCGCUGGAGCCCUGCCCUCUCCGCGGGGAUGCUGCUGGCCUCCCGCUGGUCACGCCAGGAUGCUUUGGCAGCUGGGAAGCCUGUCGGGCUGGUGUCCUGCUUGGCACACACGCACCGUGCCACAGGUGCACGCCUCACCCAGGGGGACCUCCUGGCGUUUCCGAAGUGAGUUUCCCUUGCUCAGGCUCCAUUCCCUCGGCUCUUCCCGAGCAGAGCGGGCAAGAGGAGCGACCUGUGGAGCCCGGAGCUGCGGAGCCCCGGUACCGACCCUCCGGGAAACGGCAGCUCAUGUCCCUGCCGAGCCCUGCAUGGCCCCAGCGAGAUGAGCCCCCUGCCUGCAGCACUGCCACUGGCCUCCCCCCACCCUCAUCUGACAGUGACUCUGGCUGUGCCCUGGAAGAGUACCUGGAGCCCCCCACGGAGCCCACGCCCCCCGAGGUUCCACUGUGCUUUGGCUCCCACUCGCCGCCGCCUUUAUCGCCCACGGACAGGACCCAGCUCCGUGCCAGAGCACUCCUGCAGCAGCUCCCUCCUCAGGACUGUGAUGAGCGGUACUGCCCCGGCCUCGCCGAGGAGGAGAGGAGGCAGCUGCGAGCCUUCAGCGCCCGCCGGAGACAGGAGGCCCUGGGCCAGGGGCUGGCAUGUCCCGUGCCAGGUCCCUGCCAUGGCUGUCCCUGCAAGAAGUGUGGCAAGAGGCUGAACAAAGGGGACCCAGGGAUUCUGGCAUCUCGGCUGGGGGAGCAGUUCUGGCACCCAUCCUGCUUCUCCUGCCACUUCUGUCACCAGCCACUGGUGGACCUCAUCUACUUCCAGCAGGAUGGGAGGAUCUACUGUGGCAGGCACCAUGCUGAGCUCUUCCGACCCCGCUGUGCCUCCUGUGACCAGCUGAUCUUCAUGGAGGAGUGCAUCGAGGCGGAGGGCAGGCGCUGGCACCUGGAGCACUUCUGCUGCCUGGAGUGCGAGGUGCCCCUGCGGGGGCAGCGCUACGUGAUGAGGAGCGGCCGCCCCUGCUGCUGUGCCUGCUUCGACAGCCUCUUCGCCGAGCCCUGCCAAGCCUGUGGGGACCUCAUCGGUGCUGAGAGCGAGGAGGUCACCCACCAGGGGCUCCGCUGGCACGCCCGAGCCUCCUGCUUCUGCUGCAGCCUCUGCCGCAAGCCGCUGCGGGGGCAGCCGCUCAGCUCCCGCCGCGGGCGGCUCUUCUGCUCCGAGACCUGCAGCCUGGGCCGGGAUGUGUCCUCCUCCACCACCUCCGACGACUCUUCCGACUCUGCUUUUGCCUCGGCUCCAUCCCCCGACUCGACGCCACUCUCCCGAGCUGACCCCAGCGGCAGGACCACAGCAGGGACGGGCAGCGCCUCGGCGGCCGGGGGCUGCAGGCAGCGGGGGGAAGGGGACGAGGCUUUUUUGGAUCAGGCCCCCGUGCAUCCAGCAUUCAGGAGCAAGGAGGACCAUGGAGCAGCUGCUAAGGAGCGGAGCAGGGAUGCUGUGCACACAGGGGUGCUGGGACCACCACCCAGCCACCCUUCCACCUCCCAGCCUACUGCAGAGGGUGCCAAGGAGCCUGGAGCCUUGGGCCACUCAGUUUCGGGGGGGCCUGGUCCCCAGGCACCCAGAGGCAAUGGAAACUCACAUUUCCAAGGGGGCACAUCCCCUCCCCGACACAGCCCUCGGCCAGAGGGCAUCGACCUGCAGGACACGACCGAGGAGGAUGACUCCUGGUGCCCUACCUGCUCUUCAUCUUCGGACUCGGAUGAAGAAGGUUUCUUCUUUGGGAAGCCCAUUCCCAAACCUGGGAUGAAUUCCCUGGGAAGAGAGUCCCUGGGGAGGGCUGGGGGCAGGACAGUGAAGCCACGGGGCAGCAGCAAGCACUGCAGUGUGUCCUAGCAGCAGGGACUGGGGGGGGAUCCUCAGCUGGCACUGCCCUUCUGCCAGCCCCUGCCGUGAUCCCAACGCAUUCCAAGUGCAUUUUGGAUGCAGCCUAAGGAUAGUGAGGAGAAGCCACUGGGAUCCUUCCCUCCCGGCAGCUGCUGGUAAAGCACCGCCUGCAAUUCCUGCCAAUGAGGAGCAGGUAAAGCAGGGAGGAAGCAGACAGCUGGCAGCCUGGCAUCAGGGAUCCCAUCUCAGACACGGUGGCAGCCCAGAAUGCAGGCACACGCAGGGGAGGGUGGCUGGGGGCUUAAGACAAGGGCAGCUGCCUGCAUCGUCCUCGUCACUGUAUUCUCUCGCUGCCUUGGGCGCUGCUGCUGGGCACCCGGGCGGGUCAGAUCCUCCCCUGGUCCACCUCCUUGAAGGAUAAGCACCACCCCCAGCUGCUUUCCAUCCUGCUGCCAGCGCGGGGAGGGCAGCAGGGGGCAGCUCUGCUGCUGCCGGUGACGAUGCUCCAAUAAAGUCUGGCUGAAAUCUGACCACGAGAA